UUGGUUAACUGGAGUUGUAGAAUCGGGCCUCAGUAUAUAAUUCCGCCGUUCCUUCCCAUUCCGAACAGAAAAAGUAGAAAAACAAUGGCUGCUGAGCACAGUUGAGCAGAUUGUUAAUGAUAUAAAGUGUCUCCGAGAGGAGGCAGCUUUCGUACGCCCACACGUGCCCACACGCCUACCAGGCUGUGACAGUAACCUUUGCUCGGUGUCGGAAGAACGAGUGACACGAUGAGCAUAUUGAGAAAAAAGCUCAAUGACUUUGAGGAUAUUCUUAACGCCGAGGAGAUAGACUUGGUUAGUCUGAAGAAAUUGUGCUUCCAUGGUAUACCUGACGAGGGUGGACUGAGACCACUAUGUUGGAAAUUACUCUUGAAUUAUUUGCCAACGACAAGAGCCAGCUGGUCCGAGACUCUCACUCGCAAGAGAGAGUUGUACCGAACUUUUAUCGAAGACCUGAUAGUGAUGCCUGGGGAGGCCAACAACGAUGGCGAAAGAAUUGACGUCACCUUUCAUGAUCAUCCACUGAAUCUAAAUCCAGAGAGCAAGUGGCAGACCUAUUUUAAAGACAAUGAAGUUCUGCUUCAAAUUGAUAAGGAUGUUAGGAGACUUUGCCCAGAUAUAUCAUUUUUUCAACAAGGCACCGAGUAUCCAUGCCAAGCAAUAGUAAAUACCAAUGGUGCAAAGCGUCUUCACCACAGAGUUCAGCAAACCAUCCUUAGAAGUGCCAACGUGGAGAGAAAGGGUCUCGGAGUGACCAAGAUUGCAGUCUCGGUUAGAAAGGCUGCAGAGGAUUAUGCACCCUUGGCAGAAGGUGGGGAAGCUCAUUGGGAGGUUUUGGAGAGGAUCCUCUUCAUCUACGCCAAACUAAAUCCUGGUCAAGGAUACGUCCAAGGGAUGAACGAGAUCGUUGGACCCAUCUAUCAUGCCUUUGCCUGUGACCCUGAUUAUCGGUGGCGAGAGCAAGCCGAGGCAGACACCUUCUUCUGUUUCACGAACUUGAUGGGAGAGAUUCGCGACUUUUUCAUAAAAUCACUGGACGAGGCUGAGUUCGGCAUAAACUCGAUGAUGAUUAAGUUGAACGAGCAGGUUAAGUCCAACGACUACGAAGUGUGGUUACGUUUGCAUCAGCAGGAACUAUGCUCCCAGUACUACAGCUUCAGGUGGCUUACUCUGCUCCUAUCGCAAGAGUUCCCUCUCCCCGAUGUGAUGCGCAUCUGGGACUCCCUCUUUGCCGACGAGAACAGGUUCAGCUUCCUCAUUCACAUUUGUUGUGCCAUGAUCUUAUUACUCAGGGACCGGUUGUUAGCUGGGGAUUUCGCGUCCAACGUGAAACUCCUGCAGAACUUCCCACCGAUGGACAUUCAGAUAGUUCUUUCGAAGGCUGCAGCCCUUGCGGGGAAGACUCUGAACUCUCCAUAAGAGACACCGAUCCUGGCUUUGUCCAUUAUCACAGGUGACGAACAUUGCGGCUCGUAGGCGAUGAUACUCUCGUACGAUUCAUCUAUUGAUAAGAUGUACCUUAUGCAGACAUGCGAGUUCUGCAGUUAUGCAAUUAUGUGAGCGAGUAUCACGGAACUCGAUAUCUCCAUGGCAUUGCGACUUUCCUCGCGAUGGAAUUCUCACUUCCGUUGUGGAAUGCAACGAUCUUUUGUAACCAAUCGAAUCAAAGCAUAGAUUCUCGGCUUGGAUCCGAAAUCCUCGUUCCAAAUUCAUGGGGACGAGACCGUUAUUUCGUGAGAAUGGGUCUUUUUAAGGUAAUAUGAAAGGGUUAUUCUAUAUAUAUGAAAUGAUAAAAUAUUUAUAAAACCUUUCUCCAAACUGGAUGCACCGAAUCAUUUGAAACGUCAGCACGUGAUUAUGGAGGCCCUGAGGAAAAACAUGGUGCUCGUGAAAUAUCAUUUUUGAUACAAAAUUUUUAUUUAGCCCAGACAAGAAUCAAGAAUGCAUAUAUAUAAUAAAAUUUCAUGAGCACGUUCUUCCUUAAGGGAAUGUGAAAGUGGCAUCCGAA